CUGUUUGAACGAAUGAGUGAGAGAGAGCGAAAAAGACAGAAGGAAAGACUGUUCUGCCUAUUCCAUGGGAGCAUCUCAUCCUCUGUGAGGUCCUGAGCUGUAUCAGCUGAUCUCCCCCUCCCACUCUCUCCAUCUCCCUCUCAGUUUAUGGGUUCAGACAGCAGCUUCCUCCAAAAUUACUAUCUCUGACCAGUGAAGCCUCACACUCACGUACACGCGCGCCCACACACACCGACGUGCAUAUGCAACAUGCAUGAAUGCACAUGCAAACGGAUGACAACCCCAGCACACACGGCGCAGGCUCGCCGUCAUAGAUAGCCUGAGGAAAACACACAUACAUUAAUACAAAGACACAGUCGCACACACGCACGCACGCAGCCUCCCGCGUGCAUGUGAAGCGCUGGAAUCACAAACGCAGCAGCAGAGAGCAGCGCGAGACGAAUCACGCGGCGCUACCGCGCGCAGCACUGCCGUGAGCCGCCGGAGCGGGUGACUGGAAGCUGCCACUGGGACCGGGCUGAGGAGGCACUAGGAAAGGACUGAGAAAAUCAUUCUGCCGACGCUCCUGGCAACAAAUAUUUGUAAUUCAGAGGAUUUAACUUGGACGCAAAUCGGACUCCGUACUGUCAAGUUUGCCUUUCUAAAUCGACUUGUUUUUUUCUGGUUGACAGCAAGAAGCUUUUCUGCCGUUUAGACCGAGUGGAUUAUUAAACUUGAUUUUUUUUGUUUUGCUUGUCAUUUUCCCCUUCCAUUUUCUUUGUCUUGGUGGACUAAUACGGCGGCUGUUGAUUGCGAUAUCAGACGACGGACACGCCGGAUCUGCUGCCUGACUGGCCCGUCCCCUUCUCGGGACGCGGGCGUGCCAAGGAGCAGUGACAGCCAGAUGCCAGAGCUACAUUAGAGAAGGAGCCAAGCAGGAAGGACUGAAAUGCGGCUCUUCACCCGGCCCUACCAGAGUCGCCAGGGGAGGGCGACAGAGAGCAGCCCCGCUCUUCUCUGGCUGCUGGGGGCACUGGCUGGCCAGCUGGGAGCGGUCGGCGGCUGCCCGUCCGUAUGUACCUGCAACGGCACUGAGGUGGACUGUGGGGGGCGGGGCCUGGUGUCCCUGCCGGCUCUUGGCCUGCUGCCGGGUAUCCGCACUCUCGUGCUGUCCAACAACCGCCUGGCGUCACUGGCACCGGGGACCUUCGCCAACCACAGCGCCCUGGAGUACCUGGACCUUUCCAACAACUACCUUGAUGGGCUACCCGCCACCCUUUUCCGUGAGCUGGGCAACCUGACGGAGCUGGUGCUACGCAACAACAGCCUGACGUCGCUGGACCGCGGGCUGCUGCGGGGCCUGGGCCAGCUCCGGCGGCUCGACCUGUCGCUCAACGGGCUGUCCACGGUGUCCCCGGGGCUGCUGGACGAGCUGCAGAGCCUCACCUGGCUGUCACUGGCCGGGAACCGGCUGCACGCAUUGGAGAGAGCCGCCUUCGAGCCAUUGGCCAACCUGCAGCACCUACAGCUGGGCGGAAACCCUUGGGAGUGCGACUGCAAUUUGAGAGACUUUAAGCACUGGAUAGAGUGGCUCCUGUACAGAGGUGGACGCGUGGAUGCCGUGGAGUGCACCCUCCCCAAGGACCUGCGUGGGCGAGACAUCCGCGGCGUGCCGGUGGAGAUGUUCAACUACUGCCUUCAACUAGAAGACGAGAAUGGUAGCUCUCGAGGCGGGAACACUCCUCCCUGCAGCAGGGCUGCCAGCCCGUCCAUCACCCCGCCUUCAGAAGGCCCACCACCUGCCCCGGCAGCGGAUGCCUCAGCUCCAGACUGCGUGCGGCAGCGGUACCGGCCCGUAAGUGUACGGAGGGCCAUCGGCACGGUGGUCAUCGCCGGUGUCGUCUGCGGCAUCGUCUGCAUCAUGAUGGUGGCGGCGGCUGCCUACGGCUGCAUCUAUGCGUCGCUCAUGGCAAAGUACCAGCGGGAGCUGAAGAAAAGGCAGCCACUGAUGGGUGACGGGGAGGGCGACGCCGACCCCGAGGAGAAGCAGAUCUCCUCUGUGGCAUAGAGAGGCCUGACCAGGAGCUGCCAACCCGGGGAAGCAGGACAGCUUCUACAAUUUCUAUCCGUUGGUCGUCUCUCUCUUGUUUCAUCCCCCCCCCCCACCCCCCCGGGGCAGGUUUGCCGAGCUAGCUCUGCUUCUCGCCCUUUUCCUUGCUCUCCUGUACUUGGGAGGGGGUUUACAGAGCUGACCUCCCCCACCUCCCAACCUUUAUCAAAAUUUGGUUAAAAAAUAAAAAAAGCCUUGAACCUUUUGCUAAUACUGGAGGGAAAGCAACUAGGGGCCUGACAUAGAUUCCUUGGGACCCUGUUUUGGGGAAUCAGCAGAGCAUCAUCCUUGCUUCAGCCCUGUUCUCCACGCUCAAAGCUCCUGGGCUUUCCUAAUUUUCUGGGUGGAAAGGUAACAGAUGUAGGAUGUUAGGGUCUCUUCCUGAGUCCUUCACCCCUCCCCGCUUCUGGCUGAGUCUGCAUCAUGACGGAGGCAACCGGGCACUCCCGUAUCCCCGUGCUCUCACCCGAUACCAGCUCCCGCACCCUGGAAGGUAACCAGCUCCUUGACGCACUCCCUGCAUUUAUCCAAUUGCAUUGCAGCGUUCCCCUCCUGGAGUCUCUCUGCGGUGACAUUCGUAACGAUAAACAAUAUCAUCUAUUCUUACCCUCCAUAUCUGUAUUGUAUAGGAUGCUACCAUUACUCUUUAACAUGUGAUGUUUUUCUUCUGUAGCGUUGCAGUCUCAUGUCAUCGUUAAUUUCCAAAUCAUUUGGUUUAGGAGGAAUGAUUAAUCCCAGUAAAAGAUGUUUUUAGAGUCUGUUAGAUCUCCUCAAGAGAAAACUAAUGAUAUAGAGUAAUGUUAACGAUGUUGACAGUGUGUAGCUGGAUGCAGUUUGUUCGUUUUGUGUGUUUUAGAGCUGUGAUAACCUAGACCUCAGUUCAGUGGACGGACAUACUGGGUUCUUUUUCCGUCCACCGUAGAAGUAUGGCAGGGACACGACCGCCUGCUUGGCAUGUGACAUCAGCGACAGCUCCUGAUAGGCAGAUAGAGAAGGAGAGACAGCUGUGGUUUAAAAUUAAUCCUUCCUGCUGCAGCCGUCGUGCAGACAGAUUCGGUCAAUCUGUCCGGGCAUACAGACUUUGUUAGGCUGUCUGUCUUCGUUUCCUCAUCUGCCACUGCACUGAACGCGCACUGCGCUUAGUAUCCGCUCGUGCUGCUGGGGACUCUUCGCGCGUGACGUUCGAUGGAGUGGCGUGACCGGAUCUGACACCGCUCGCUGCUAUGAGACCCGUUUUUAAGCCGCUGGGUGUACCGGGACAGCAGUGGUUUUGUCAGCUGCAGGGAACAUGUUUUGGUUUUCUAAUAGAGUAUUUUUCAUAAUGAUAUCCGUGUUUGUCAGUGGACAUUAUCCAUUUCCCAUUUUGUCUGCAUCCCUGCAGUUCAACCCCUUUAUAACUUGAAGCACUGUCACAGGAACAGAUAGCCUGGCACGACAGUUGUAAUGGCUGCUUCAGUCUAAACAGUGUUCUAGUAGAAUAUUUAACGGUAGCACUGCUCGUUGACAGGGACUGCCCCGAAAGAAGGGACAUAACAAUACCCAGAAUCCAGACAAAUACUUAUGUCCAUAAGUAUCAGUUACCCUGCUGAGAUGAACUGGAUAAGGGAAGCGUAUCUUAGCAGUUUGCACAUCCAAAAUGACUCAAGCAGAACUGGAAUGAGAGCUUGGUUUGCACUGGAUCUUCAAAGGCACACCCAACAUGCCACCCCAUUCGAAAGUCUUCCGCUGCUGUGUCGCUCCACACUGUAUUUAAAGCAGGCCGUAUGACAGAAGCUCUCAGCCUGGCAGAAACCAUAUCCACACUGGGAGGACCUUAUCCACCCCCCCAUCACAGGUUGUGUACUCAUCAGCUAUCAAUCCCCGUCACUGCACCACCCAACCCCCAGCCGCCACGUCCAGCCGCCACGUCGACACGACACACACAACAAACACACGGCUCCCUUGCCACCUGACAGCUGAAGGAAGCAAUGGUACGGAUAUGGUACUGUAGGUAUUUAUUUCAGUAUUUUCUCUGGCCUUGGCUGUAAAUUAUUCAACUCACGUCAGUACGAUUGUUUUUUUCCCCCCUAUUUGGGUGGUAGGUUCUGGAAUAGUUUUUCAAAAAGACAUUCUGUCUGUUGCCUGCAUGCUAUGCAAAUCUGUGAAUCUCCUCAAGACAGACUAGGUGCAGGACUGCUGGAGGUUGGGUUGUCUUAAAAUGUUAUUAAAACAGUGGUUUAUAAAAAUUAGAAUUUAUAAGAACACACUUAAUCCUGACUGUGCUAGGGUUCAUAUCUUAGUGAGACUGUGAUGUGAUAAGAGGUUUAUUUCACUGGCAUAGAAGCAAUAGGUCUGGAAACAAUUCCUUAAAAAUUAACCUGUUAGUAGCCGCUUCCUCUGAGUUUAGAAAAUAGCUAUGAAUUGGGAUAGUUUUAACUCACUAUCCCAGUGGUGCUGUAGUAUGGUCAUAUUAAACGACUGACCUUCAGAAAACAAAGGAAUUGGAGACCAUACAAAUCCUAUAUCCCAUAUAAACCUACUUUAGGUUUUCAAAAUGGAAAGAGGUUCCCUUUAAGUUCCCACAGCGCCACCUGCAGAAACUGAUGGGAAUGACACAACAAGACAACAGACAGCGUUCAGGGAAACACAAAAGUCUGCAUAUGUGGCACAUUAUUAGAGACAAAAGACUAAUCUAAUGCAUACAUGACAUGUAAAACAAUAUCCAGAUUUAGAGAUUUAAGACUUCCAUACAUUAGAACUUAAUGUGUGGUACCAGUUCAUCAGUACUUUGUUGAUAUACCAUUUACUAAUUUGGAUUUUUUUUUUAACCAAAGAAAAUGCCAGUUGAAUAUCAUGUGCAACUUCCUACAGCUGAAGUGUGUUAUGUUUUUGUGAAGUGUGUCUUUGUGUCAGCUGUUAUUUCAUAAUUUAUCCUACAGAUAUAUUUACCAGUUAACCUUGAACGUGUAGAAAUACUUUGAAUGGUAUCUUAUUAAACAUAGUAUAAAAUUUAUGGAAUAACAUAAAACCUGACAGUGACUCUGUGCUAAACCCGGUGUUAUUGUAUUGUUUGCCUUGUGACAUAAACAAUCAUAGGAGAAAAAUGCAGAUAAAAGCUGUUGCUGAAUUGGCCCAACCUUCUGUCUGCCCCAUAGCGACAAGGUCAAGGAUGAAUUUGCAGACUUCUACAACUGUACAGGGAAGGGGGAUGAUUCCUGAAUUUGGAAUAACUCUUUUUUUGAGAAAAUAGAUGCACUUUAAAUAUGCUAGCAAACUUAAUAGUCAUGUAAGACAAAAUGUUUUAAACCAUGAGAGAUACCCAUGACUUUAAUGAAUUUGGCAGUGACCAAAGAAUUAUAGUGUUGCAUAGAUUGCUGCAAAAAAAAAAAAAACACUUAAUUUUGGGGAUGGGAGCACCUAGCACAGACCUAAAUGAGUUUCUCAGUGUUAUCAAUGUGAUAACAGGUUUCAUGCCUCCUUGCCACACCUAUCAAUGUUGACCCCUACUGGAAACUCAGUGUCACAACAUGCCCAAAUCAAAUUACUUAGUAAAUGUGGUUUACUGUGGGUGGCCGGUUGGAGAUGGAUAGCUUCUUCUUUUGUAAUCUGCUCUCUUGGUUUUAGACAAAAGAGAGGUUCCCCCUGAAACGGACUCGGUGCAUCUCCUUUAACUACCAUUAUUUAAUCAUGUAUUUAUUUAUUUGUUGGUUUAUUGGUUUAUCUACUGUUAUUUUUUUCUAAAAAUGUUAUAACGAAGUUAUACAGGAUGAAACAAAUUGCCUCUUUAUUUUUUGCUCAAGAUUACAGCUUGUUUGAAAUACUAUUUGUGGGCUGUGGAACAAGAUAUGUUGAAAUUAAUAAAGAAUGUAUUUCCUUAA